GUCUUUGGCGGCGGCGUUGGCGUUCUGGGAGAGCCGAGCUCGCUCCGGCAGAUUCUCGCGCUCGAGCUCAGAUCGCCUUCUCCGCGGGUGCGCGCUCGCGCCCCGAUGCCUCUUCCCUCCUUAGCAGCCUAGCUAGACCUAAGGGAGAAAAGAGACGCCGGGGAGAAAGGCGAGAGAUGCUCUCUGCGGCGGCUCACCGGUUGCUCCGAAGCUGCCGAGGGAGAUGGCGAGCGCCGCCUCGGAUUCCGAUGCUUCCGGGGCCUCCUUUUGCCGAGGGAGGACGAAGUCCGGGCGGCUGCCUUCUCCUCCCAAGGGUCCGGUUGCAGAUGCUGUGGGUGAGACGAACUGGAAAUUUGAGGCACCACAGAAGAGCCCUCUAUAGCACUCUAGUGCCAUCUGAUGAAGUAAGUGUUCAUUAUAAAUAUGGUCUGCCUGUGAUAACCCUUACAUUGCCAUCAAGAAAAGAACGUUGCCAGUUUACUAUCAAACCAAUGCUAACAACUGUGGGCACCUUCUUAAAGGACAUAAAGAGAGAAGAUAAUGCAAUUGAAAAGGUAGAAGUCUUCACAACAGAUGGCAGCAGGAUUUCAAAUGCGGUGUCAAUGGAUAUUCUGCUAAUGAAUGAUUUUAAACUCAUUGUCAACAAUGCAGAAUAUAGUGUACAUCCACCACUGAAAGAUAAAAUGAGCAAAGAGCAUGCCACAGAGCUAGAUGACAUCAAGUCAACAGUCCAUAAGUUAUUUGUAGCCCUUCACUUAGAAGAGCACCAGACAAGAAAAGAGAAAGAGCUAAUGCAAAAAAUGGAACUUCUGAAGGAAAAACUGCUCCCUUUAGAAGAGAUGAAGGCUAGAAUUGCAGCAGAUAUUGAUGGAAAGACUUCUCGCCUUCUUUGGAUUGGUUUGGCCUUAAUGUCUACUCAGGGGGGAGCCCUGGCUUGGCUCACCUGGUGGGUCUACUCAUGGGACAUUAUGGAACCUGUUACUUACUUUAUCACUUACGGAAGUGCCAUGGCAUUCUAUGCGUACUUUGUACUUACUAAGCAGGAUUAUAUUUACCCAGAUGCUCGAGACAGGCAAUUCCUUCACUAUUUUCACCGGAAAGCUAAAAGCCAGAACUUCAAUAUGAUUCUGUAUAACAAGUUAAAAGAGGACCUGGAAGAGGUGGAAGAAUCCUUGAAACGACUGAGGAACCCCUUACAAUUACAGCUUCCAGUGCAAGAAAUUAAUGACAAACAUUAAUUUUAAGUUUCAGCCUGUUGAGUUCCCUCAAAAAAA